AGUUGUAAAAGAACUUUUGAAUCUAUCGGAAGUAGUAGAAAUUUGUGCAUUUUUUAAAUAAAUUAUUUUAUUUUCUUUUGGAAGAAAAAUGUCUGUAAUGAACGCUUUGGAUUUCAACAAUGAAGUGUUUCGUGGCUUCAUUACUUGGGGUGGAUUACUGUUGAUUAAAAUGCUUUUGAUGAGUUUAUUGACGGGUGUUCAACGUUUCAGAAAAGGCGCUUAUGCGAACCCCGAAGAUAUUGGUGUGCGUCCAAAUUCAGAAGUGAAGCAAGAUGAAGAUGUUGAAAGAGUUAGACGAGCUCAUUUAAAUGAUUUGGAGAAUAUUCCCGCGUUUUUGAUUGCUGGAUUGUUCUUCGUAUGUUCAGAACCAAACGUAGAUUUAGCUUUGUGGCUUUUCCGCAUCGCUGUUCUUGUUCGUAUCGUCCACACAAUUGCGGUGGCUAACCCUGAAGAUUGCGCGCUUAGUAAAAAUUUUGAAGUGAAAACACAUGAAGAUGUGGAAAGAUGUCGGAGGGCGCAUUUAAAUGACUUGGAGAAUGUCAUUCCAUUUCUCAUAAUUGGAUUGUUCUUCAUAUUUACUGAACCACAUAAGACUGUCGCUUCAUGGUUGGUGAGAAUUAUUGGAGUCACAAGAAUUCUCCAUUCAAUAUUUUACGCAGUUUAUCCCGUUCGCCAACCAACCCGAGCGAUUCUUCAUUACAUUAGUUACAUUAUCAAUCUUUAUAUGUGUCUAUCAGUGGUUGUUUACUUUUUUAAAAUCUAAGCAUCUUCAAAGAAUGCGUAAAUAAUUAAGAUGAGAAGCUUUCACACUUUUCUUCUUAGAUGAAGUUGAAUAGGAAACUUUCCAUGAUCCACAAUGGCAUUUUUUUAUGUUAAAGAAAUCCAAAUAUCGUCGAAGAAAUCAGGGCUUCUGUUACAGUAAUCGAAUCGCAACCAGCAUUAAAAUUAUGAAUUUUUUUAUAAAGUAACAUUAACACACAUAAUUUUCUUUUACUGGGGAUUAAAAUAUCUUCUUAAUUUAAUCAAGUUACACAGUGUUAAGUAUGAAAUCAUAAAAGUGA